AUGUGGUUUGGUGUAAAGCUACAACGUGUUAUACUAGAAUUAACUAAAUAUUAUAUGAAAUGUGGUAUGUUUAGUAAUGAAAGAUUUAAAAAUAUCCUUGAAGCUAUUUUAACAACAAAGGUUAAAACAAAAAAUGCAAAUAGGCUUGCAUUAUUACGAUAUUGGAAAUUUGCUGCAAUUAAUCAAAAAGAAAUUAAUGGUUUCAAAGUCCAAGACGCAAUCGCCUCAAAAAUGACUCAAGUAGCAGCUGAAAUGGCAUGGAAAGAACAAUUAGAGAAUGCUAAAAAAGUUCGCCAAGCUAUUACUAUAAACCGUAUUACUAGUCCAGCUAAUAAAUCAAAUGUUGAAUCAAGUUCUGCCAAUAAUUCGAACAUUGAAUCAAGUUCUGCUAAUAAUUCGAACAUUGAAUCAAGUUAUACUGAUAAAUCAUUGAGACCAGUUAAUAUUGAAUUAAAUAGUAAAUUAGAUGGUCCUAAAAUCGUGUAUAAAAAUAGUGAAUUACCUAAUUAUGAUAGUUAUAACAUUGACGAUAAUUAA